GAGUGGCAGCGCCCCGGCCAGCAGGACGCCCUUCCCGCCGCGGCUGACAGCUCCUUCAGGAGCCAGCCUGUCACUGCAGGGGGAGAAAGAGAAGGCUUUCAUUGAUGGGCUCAGCCAUGCAGCCCGGCCCUGCGCUCUAGACUCCAGGCAGCCCAGGGGCCAGCCCGACUGGGACUUUGCUGAACCCGUGGUUUAUGACCAGAGAGAGAGAGAGACAGAGAGAAUGUGGCAGUUUGUUUUCUUUACUUUGGGCUGUGAUCUUGUCUUGGCCGCAGCCUACAACAACUUUCGGAAGAGUGUGGAUAGCACGGGGAAAAAGCAGUACCAGGUCCAGCACGGGCCGUGCAGCUAUACAUUCCUGCUGCCCGAGACGGACAGCUGCCGCGUGGCCUCCAGCCCCUACGUGUCCAAUGCGGUGCAGAGGGACGCGCCCCCCGACUACGACGACUCCGUGCAGCGGCUGCAGGUGCUGGAGACCAUCAUGGAGAACAACACACAGUGGCUGAUGAAGCUUGAGAGUUACAUCCAGGACAACAUGAAGAAGGAAAUGGUAGAGGUCCAGCAGAAUGCAGUGCAGAAUCAGACCGCUGUGAUGAUAGAAAUUGGGACGAACCUGCUGAAUCAAACAGCGGAGCAAACACGGAAACUGACUGACGUGGAAGCCCAGGUCCUCAACCAGACGACAAGACUUGAACUUCAGCUUCUGGAACAUUCCCUUUCUACCAACAAAUUAGAAAAACAGAUUUUGGACCAGACCAGUGAAAUCAACAAAUUACAAGAUAAAAACAGUUUUCUAGAGAAGAAGGUGCUGGACAUGGAGGGUAAGCACACGGUGCAGCUGCAGUCCAUGCGCGAGGAGAAGGAGCAGCUGCAGGUGCUGGUGUCCAGGCAGCACUCGGUCAUCGAGGAGCUGGAGAAGCAGCUGCUCACGGCCACCGUGAACAACUCCGCCCUUCAGAGACAGCAGCACGAUCUGAUGGAGAAAGUCAGCAACCUCAUGGUCCUGAUGGCAGCCUCCAACUCCAAGAGCUCCUUUUCUGUGAAAGAAGAACAGAUCGUUUUCAGAGACUGUGCUGAAGUUUUCAAAUCAGGACUGACCACCAGCGGCAUCUACACACUAACCUUUCCCAACUCCACGGAAGAGGUAAAGGCCUACUGCGACAUGGAGACGGGCGGAGGCGGGUGGACGGUCAUCCAGCACCGCGAGGACGGCAGUGUGGACUUCCAGAGGACGUGGAAAGAGUAUAAAGUGGGGUUUGGCAGUCCUUCAGGAGAGUACUGGCUGGGGAAUGAGUUUGUCUCACGGCUGACCAAUGAGCAGCGCUACGUGCUGAAGAUCCAUCUGAAGGACUGGGAGGGGAACGAGGCCUACUCGCUCUACGAACACUUCUAUCUGUCCAGUGAGGAGCUCAACUACAGGAUUCACCUCAAAGGACUCACAGGCACGGCGGGCAAAAUAAGCAGCAUUAGCCAACCAGGAAAUGACUUUAGCACAAAGGAUGCGGACAACGACAAAUGUAUCUGCAAGUGCUCCCAGAUGCUCACGGGAGGUUGGUGGUUUGAUGCGUGUGGGCCUUCGAACUUGAAUGGAAUGUACUACCCACAGAGGCAGAACACGAACAAGUUCAACGGUAUUAAGUGGUAUUACUGGAGGGGGUCAGGCUACUCACUCAAGGCUACAACCAUGAUGAUCCGACCAGCAGACUUCUGAGCGUCUGCACCAGGAAGACUGUUCUACGCCCAAAGCGUCGACCAGACACCGCCUGGGUGCUCGGGAGCUGCAGGCCCGAGAGGGCCCGAGCACCUCGCCACUUGGGCCUGCCUCGCUCAGUGAACCUCGGGAAACCCGAGGAAGCCGUGCCGUGGCUCUGUGGUCUCACAGAGGCGAAUUCAGGGCUCGUCACCCCAACCACUGCAGCCUGUGCGUCUACACCACAACCAAGCACGUCCCGGGCGAGCUGUCGUAAAUAACUGGAAAGCAGAAUGCCAGUGCCACACAGGGUCCCGGAGCCGUGCUCCUCCAGGCACUGUCACUGUCUGCAGACUAUGUACAGCCCUGGGUCCUGAGCUCACCUCGCUAGCUCACUGAAAAGGAAUACCACACUCUGUAAGCCAUAAAACAUAUACGUGCAUUCAGGGAUUCCCAGGAAGUGGCUAUCACAGUUCAAUAUUCUGAAAAAAGUGCAUUUUUUAUUCCUCUUAGGUGCUUCAAAUGUUCCUUCUGAAACAGUAUAUUUAUAUUAUCUGUUGACUGCUUAGUUUUAAUUUAAUGCUCAAAGAAUAUAUACUGCAAAAAGUGAGAACUUCCAGGAGCUCUGAAAUCACUGGGUGGGUGUUUGUAUGAUGAUUUACUAUCUGUUUGGCCUGGCUGUGAAAUAUGAAGGUAUUUUUAGUAAUUAAAUAUAACUUAUUAGA